CGUCAUGUGAAGAACGGGCUGAAAGAUUACCGUAAUGCAUCCUGCUGCAUGGCUCAGACCCACGUCUCGGGCUUCACUUUCGGGGACGUCACCCUCUAUGGUAUUGUUCGGCCCUGUCAGCUCGUCCACCACCAGCGAGUGAACUUGGUUCUCCUUGCUCGCUUCGCUCUUCUCUUGUCUUCUUGUCUUCUUUUCUCUUCUCUUUUCUUUCCACUCCCCUUCUUCUUCCUCUUCCUGAGUGUGCCUAUGCUCUCUGUGCUUUCACCAUUCUUUGCCUUGGAGCCUUGCGUGCCUCAUCCCGCCCACUAGUAUUUCGACACCGCUCUCGUGCGCAGUCCCUGACCCAUGGAACAGCUGUAGCUUCCUGAUUCGCUUCGUAUUUACCCCUUCAACCACCGCCCAUCGGCCCUCGACGACUCGACGACGACACGAAUUGGCAGCUUCGCCGCUCAUCAAUCUAUCAUUCGAU